GGUUCUGCCACAGGGUCUCAAACAGGAAAAUGGUAUCCAAUAUGGCUUCCCGUGCACCUGACGUCCACGACUCUUCCCCAUUCGGGUACUUGCUAUCCAGGACUGCCGCCCACACGGAUACACUACUGGGCCAAAUGGUUAUUGUGACAUUUUCAGGAAGCACAGAUGUUCAUACUCCAUCCACAGCAAAGAAUCCUGGAUUUACUCAGACCUCUUCGUGCAAGUUGGAAUUCCAUGCUUGUUCUACAGGCAAAAGCCUCAGCUCCCUCUGCGAUGGGCCCUGUCCGUGUCUGCCUGAGCCCGAGCCAGAGCCACAGAAGCCCAAGGCAGAAAAGAGUGCCUGCACAGACAAGGAGCUGCGGAACCUUGCUUCCCGGCUGAAGGACUGGUUCGGGGCUCUUCACGAGGAUGCCAACAGAGUCAUCAAGCCUACCAGCUCUGACACAACCCAAGGAAGGUUUGACACCAGCAUCCUGCCCAUUUGCAAGGACUCCUUGGGCUGGAUGUUCAACAAGCUGGACAUGAACUAUGACCUCUUGCUGGACCACUCGGAGAUCAAUGCCAUCUACCUAGACAAAUAUGAGCCCUGUAUCAAACCUCUCUUCAACUCGUGUGACUCCUUCAAGGACGGCAAACUCUCCAACAACGAGUGGUGUUACUGCUUCCAGAAGCCAGGAGGCCUCCCUUGCCAGAACGAAAUGAACAGAAUUCAGAAGCUGAGCAAGGGGAAAAGCCUAUUGGGGGCAUUCAUACCUCGGUGUAACGAGGAAGGCUACUACAAAGCCACACAGUGCCACGGCAGCACGGGGCAGUGCUGGUGCGUGGAUAAAUAUGGGAACGAGCUGGCUGGCUCCAGGAAACAGGGCACUGUAAGCUGUGAAGAGGAGCAGGAAACCUCCGGGGACUUCGGCAGCGGAGGCUCCGUGGUUCUGCUGGAUGACCUAGACGACGAGAGGGAGCUGGGACCAAAGGACAAAGAGGGGAAGCUGAGGGUGCACACCCGGGCCGUGAGGGAAGAUGAUGAGGAUGAGGAUGACGACAAAGAAGACGAGGUCGGGUACAUAUGGUAGCGCCCACGAGGAAGAGGACACGCUUUUGACACAGAUCUGCAAGUCGUUUCCUUUGCCUGCGUUGUAUCUAAGACUCCGAGGCACCGGGGUCUUUUCUCCCCUGUUGCUCUCUGUACCGGCCUGAGGUUUGGGAGACCCUCUUCCCAGAGCGUCUGAAUUUGCAUACAGUUGUGUGGGAGAAAGGAUGCUAUUUUUUGUUCCUUGUUUCUUUGUUUUCAUUGGAUGAGAGGAUGGCUGGCUUAAUUAAAGCCUCCUUCUCUCCCCGCGAGGUUUUCGCAACUAGCAUGUGAUUUAUGUGAAUUCCAACAGUGCGGGGAGCCCCACCCUCUCAAGCGUCAAAGACCCUCUCUGAUUACCCACAUCGGUGGUUCUUACAGCAUGGUUCCCAGCCUUCUGAUGUCUACGUGCUUUUCUUGUGUCCUGUAGAUGUUGUGGAAAACGUACCAGGCUGUUCCCUUUCCCUCCCACUUCCACCACCUCUGGUGUUUAUUAUUAAAAAUUAAUUUUCAUGUCACUGUAUCUGGCUUCCUACAAAUGACAGCCUUAAUUCAGUCCAGGUCCCUUUGGAGAACUCAUUUCCUUUCAUAAAAGUUAAGAUCUCGAUGCUCCCCCUGCCCAUGCACAGAUAGGUGACUGCGUGCAUGGCUUGCAUACACACCUCUCAGCCGAGUGUCUGGUUAUACACGGAAAACACCUUAGAUAAACAAUGGCUUUGAGUCAGCAGCUCCAGACCCAGGACACAAACCGGGAUACCAAACUGCUCUUGGAGUCCGGUUUGCACCGACUCUUGGCACGUGUAGCUUGCAGCCUGGGGAAGCCUCGGUUUGCCUAAGUUGUUUUUACCCACAGAAGCCAUGCAACUCCCACAAGCCAUUUCCUCACCUCCUCUCAAAGCUCCCCUCAGGAUACAGUGUAUCCACCUGCGGCAGCUUCCUUCCCUGUCCACCCAAGGGCUUUUUCCUACGUGUUCCCCAUGGAGCCCCAGCUCCCCAAGGAGACAGCAUCGUUAUAAUGUUUAGAAGAAGAUUUAGGGUUCCUCAUUGUUUUCUCUUGUCCCCUUUCUAUCCACACAUCAUGACCAGGGUACAGAGGCUCUAAAGAUUUCUCUUCAUCCCCCAUUGUUUAAUAGGAGCCCCCAGUAGAAGCCUAGAAAGAGAUUCCCAGUAGCACAAGAGGCUAGUCAGCUAGUCAGCAGCUAUCUCUCCCACACACAUACUACUGAAGAAAUUUUACUGUUUGUUCCCUGAGCUCGUAAUUGGCGUCAAGUUUCAGUAAUGAUAUCAUCUCACUAUUUUUCAGAUUUCUUUCCCACAAGUACCAAAGAGUAGUCUUCAGUACAGCCUCAUUCAGGUCAGGGCCAGUCCCUAAGCUCUGCCUGCUUGCUUCCUAACUAGCUAGUUGUCCUAACCAGCCACAGCCUGCCAGACACUCUCUUCUCCAUUGUCCUUGCCUUCCCCCAUGAGUUCUAGCCAGUCCACAAGACAGAUCCAUCAACUCAGGCAAAAAGCGUAUAGGUUAAACUGAGACCACAGGGGCAGUGCCGGCCUCCCACCCCAGACUGGCUUUCUGUAUCAGAAGCUGCCUUCAAUCAUUACCAUUUCCUUCCUUGAACAGGAUGGGCAAAGUGACAUCAGGCCUCGUGGGAAAGGAAUAUUCAUGGUGCCCUUCACCCAGUCUGUUAUACCACAGAGCCAGGGUGCUGACACUGUGUGCUUCCUCCUUGUGGAGAUGUGAACCCGCUCAGCUUUAGGAUCUCAACGCCAUUCUCCCCCUCCCCCCCAGUUUGUUUGUUUUUUCUUUCUUCCCACUCUCAAAACUGAUGUAAUUUAAAAAACAGGUGCUUAAUCGCAGCUACAUUGUAACAGAAUACAUUAAAAAGACAUAUUAGAAAUCUCCGUGCAGGCCAUCCACAUAAACCAUUGUUUCCUUUGAGCUUGGGGGACAAAAAAAAAAAUGCACCAGAGAACAAAUUAACAAUCGGCAAAUUGAUUUCUCUUUGAGAAACUUCUAGGAACCCAAUGAGCCACUUACUUUGUCUAAUUAUCUUAUGACAAGUGUCACAUUAAGAUGACACUUAGAAGUCCUUAACAUUAUCUUAAUGGUGAAGAAGAGGGCUCAGUAGGCAAUUCCCAGGAAGGUAAUAAGAUGUCAUUUUCAGAGACGUUCCAAGAAGAUGUUUUGAUUCAUUAAAAUAUUAAAUCAAAAGCCCUCCUACGUCCGGAGCCCACAUCAGCAAGGCAGCCGGUGCCGCUUCUCAUGCCCCGCUCUGGGUUUUAAAUAUGACUAUUUACAGUGGUACUUAAGUUAGACCUUUGUUACGUCCUCCUGAGAAACAGUACUUCCGCUGGCCUCUUUUUGGAAGGAGCCUUUCAUUCUAAUAAUCAGGUGAGCAUAUGAGACUUUUUAAGCAUAUGAGGCUGUGAUGACAAACCGCUUGUUUAGGUAGGUCAUUUGUUGAGUCCUUAGUUUUAGAAAACCUUCAGUUGGUCCUGUUACUCUAAUCCUACAAACGGUUACUUACUACCAUUGCUGUGACAUCCAAUUCAAACCCAGAAUUCUCUUCCACCAGGGUUCAUUGUCUGCCACAUUAAUGUCUCUACAGAUCUUGUCAGCAUGAGGAUGGCUUCAUGGCUUUCUCUCGGUCCCUCCUUUAUGCCCACGUCCCUAAGUACACAGGAAAUGAUUUGUCUGUCCAGGUCUGUCCUCUGAUUGUCCCACAAUGCCAUUGACAUUGGCUUUGGUUUGGUUUUAUCUUGACCACACUGUACAGUAACAUCCAAGAGCCCUCUCUACAGUGGGUAGUUUGGUCUUUUUACACCUUUUCUCAGUCACUGAUGUUUGUCCCUGUUUAAUGUGUAGCCUUGUAAAAAAAAAAAAAAAAAAAAAAAGGCCAUCAAAUUCAGAGUGUCAGUCUGUUGUCCCUAUCGUAGGUGAAAUAGUGACGUAGAAAAAUCUAGUAUUCUGAAUGCUUUUCCAUGUAGACUUUUCUGGAAUGUGAACACGGCUCUUUGGUUAAUAGCAAGCGCUUCCCUGUAGUCCUGAGUAGGCGCAGUUCUGUCUGUCUCAAUAAAUUUUACUUUCUCCGCA